CUGGGGGGUCGGUGGCCAUAUAAUGAUGUCGGCACUAGGGGCCGAUCUGAAAGAAUUAAUCAACGGUCCUCAUCCGCAAGGAUCGGGGAUGAGGCCGGUCUUCAAAUAUAAUGAUGGCACCAUACCAGGGGGUCGGUGGCCAUAUGAUGAUGUCGACACUGGGGCCCGAUCUGAAAGAAUCAAUCAACGGUCCUCAUCCGCGAGAAGCGGGGACGAGGCCGGUCUUCAAAUAUGAUGAUGGCACCGUACCAGGGGGUCGGUGGCCACGAAAUGAUGUCGGCACAGGGGGGCGAUCUGAAAGAAUCAAUCAAUGGUCCUCAUCGCGCGAGGAGCGGGGACGAGGCCGGUCUUCAAAUAUGAUGAUGGCACUGUACUAGGGGGUCAGUAGCCAUAUGAUGAUAUCGACACUGGGGGCCGGUCUGAAAGAAUCAAUCAACGGUCCUCAUGCGCGAGGAGCGGGGAUGAGGCCGGUCUUGAAAUAUGAUGAUGGCACCAUACCAGGGGGUCGGUGGCCAUAUGAUGAUGUCGGCACUUGGGGCCGAUCUGAAAGAAUCAAUCAACGGUCCUCAUCUGCGAGGAGCGGGGACGAUGCCGGUUUUCAAAUAUGAUGAUGGCACCGUACCAUGGGGUCGGUGGCCACGAAAUGAUGUCGACAUUGGGGGCUGAUCUGAAAGAAUCAAUCAACAGUCCUCAUCCGCGAGGAGCGGGGACGAGGCCGGUCUUCAAAUAUGAUGAUGGAACCGUACCAGGGGGGUCGGUGGCCAUGAAAUGAUGUCGGCACUAAGGCCGAUUUCUGAGAGAAUCCAUCAACGGUCCUCAUCCGUGAGGAGCGAGGACAAGGCCGGUCUUCAAACAUGCUCGUCCCACGGCCCUCGGCCGUGAUAGUCUUCUUGAGGUCCUCGGCCUCCUGGUGGAUAUACUCGUCUCACAGCCCUCGACUGUGAUAGACUCUUUGGGACCCUCGGUCUCCUCUAGCCAUGAACGCCCCGACCAUGAACAUUCCCUCCAUUGAAAUUUCACCAAUUUUUAACUUGUAAGCUGUUGAGUCUGUUCUGCAUAACUGUUUCCAAGUAGUAGAAUCUUUAGGUUUGCAUGAAAUUUCAAAGAAUUCCCUUCUUUGAAAUACCACUGCAAGAGAUCUUAUAUAUUCAAACCCCCUCCCCUCCUGGAUAAACACAGUUUCUCCCAUUUUAUCCAGUGGUAUUUAUUUUUGUUCUCCCUAAAUUUGCCAUAACCAUGUGUACUUGUGUAGAAUUUGAAUUAUCUUUCUUGGAAUGUUUGACACUGCUAGAAGAUGGGUAUGGCCGAAAGAACGUGUUUGAUCAGAAUAAUAAGCCUUUCCACUCUGCUGAGGUUCCCCUCAAAUUGCCGGGUUCUUCCCCCAGUCUGACAGAUAAAUUUCUUCUCUUCAGUAGCUGCUGCAAGUCCAGGAAACAGAGCAUGUUGAGUGAUAUUUUUGUGGGUUAGGAAUUGCAGGUCUGGAGAUCAGCCCGUUGCUUUGGAGUAUGUUGUUUCUUCAGGGUGUAUGAGGGAGGCUGCUGAUCCAUUGAGGAAUGAAUAGGAUCAAGUCAUCCUCCGCGUGGUUUUAGGAUGUUGUUAGAUCACCUCCUCCCUAUUUGAUAUGGUGUUAUUUUGCUGGUUUGUAUCAUCAGUUUAUGUAAAAUCAUUCUGAAAUAAUGAGGAACAGGUAUGAAAAAAGGGGGUCACCGGUCACCCUGUUUGACCCCCCUCUGUGGCUUGAAGAAGCCGGGUCACCCUGUUUUACUACUUGAUCAGUAUGAAAAAAGGGGGUCACCCUGUUUUACUACUUGACCAGUGUGAAAAAGGGGGGUCACCCUGUUUUACUACUUGACCAGUAUGAAAAAAGAGGGUCACCAUGUUUGACCCCCUUUGUGGCUUGAAGAAGCCAUGAGGUCUGCCGUCUCAAGAAAGGUCCAAGAGACCCUGAUCAAAAGCCUUGAUUAAGUCCAGUUUGACCUGUGAUCAAUGGGGAGGAUUGGGUUUUGGGAGAUUAUUUUAGUCUAUUGCGAUCAAUGGGGAUUGGGUAGGAAAUAUGUCCACCUGGAUGUCAACAACUUCUAAAAAAUGGGCCCUCCAACUAAAAAAAUGGGCCCUCCAAAUCAGUGCAGUAGUGUUUUUUUGUGUCAAACAAAUCAGAGUAGACCUGCUAACGUUUUAGCCAAUGUUUUUGAGAAUAUUCCCAAAUAAUUCUUUCUUCCAUUUUUCAAAACCAUUUUAAAAUCAGACAACAAUGAGCAAAAUCACUUUGAAUUUCAACGGUGCUAGAUUGCAGUAGUCUUGGUUGAUUUCAAAACAUUGUUUAGAUCGGUCAGUUAUGUAAGGUUUCGUCGGGGGUUAGUGUCGGUUUUUUGGUUCCGUUUUUGGUUCGGAGUUAGGUUCGGUGUUAGGUUCGGUGUUAGGUUCGGUGUUAGGUUCGGUGUUAGGUUCGGUGUUAGGUUCGGAGUUAGGUUCGGAGUUAGGUUCGGAGUUAGGUUCGGAGUUAGGUUCGGAGUUAGGUUCGGAGUUAGGUUCGGAGUGAGGUUCGGAGUUAGGUUCGGAGUUAGGUUCGGAGUGAGGUUCGGAGUUAGGUUCGGAGUGAGGUUCGGAGUGAGGUUCAGAGUGAGGUUCGGAGUGAGGUUCGGAGUGAGGUUCGGAGUGAGGUUCGGAGUGAGAUUCGGAGUUAGGUUCGGAGUUAGGUUCGGAGUUAGGUUCAGAGUUAGGUUCGGUUGUAGGUUCGGUUGUAGGUUCGGUUGUAGGUUCGGUUGUAGGUUCGAGGUUCGGUUUUAAGUUUGAGGUUCGGUUUUAGGUUUUAGGUUUUGGUCUUAGGUUCGGUUUUAGGUUUGGCGAAAGAUUUUUGAGUCUUAAAGAAGAAUUUUUAGCUUUACAAUUUCUUCGGAUCAGCUUGAGAUGAUGAAACCAAAAUUUGAAUAAGAGCUCGGAUUAAGGAGGGAGUGGUACACAUAGAUGACCUCCAAACGUAGCUCGGAAACUUCCCCAAGCCAAAGGAUUUCGCACAAAUCUACGUUUUUGCAAAAGUGAGAUUCUGUUUUGGUUUGGUUUUAGGUUCAGAUUGACUCAUGUUCGGUUUGGAGUCAGGUUUGGUUUAAGGUUCGUUUUGAGGUUCGGUUUUAGCACAAACCUACGUUUUUGCAAAAGUGAGAUUCUGUUUUGGUUUGGUUCGUUUUGAGGUUCGGAUGGACUCAGGUUCGGUUCAGAGUCAGGUUUGGUUUAAGGUUCGUAAGUUCUGUUUUAGGUUUCAGUUUUUGGUUCGGUCAGAGCUAGUUUCGUUUUUUUGUUUAGAUUGGGGUUAAGUUCUUUUGUUGUUUAGGUUUGACUUUGGGUUUGGUUUUUGGUUGUGGUUUGGGAGUCUGGUUUGGUUCAGAGUCUGGUUCGGAGUCAGGUUCGGAGUUAGGUUUGGUUAAGUCUGGGUCAUAGAUUCGGUUGUAGUAGGUCCGGAGUUAGGUUUGGAGUCAGAAAGGUUCGUUUGGGGUUUUAGGUUCUGUGUAAGGUUCAGAGUUAGGUUAUUUUUUGUUUUUAGGUUCCAGGUCAACCCAGCCUUCCAUCUCAUCACCUAUUAUUACUACCUCGUCCCUUAUCAGUGGCAUGAUUAUUAAGAACCACACAAACUUUACCCAAUAUGGUAUGUGACAAUUUUAGUGAGAUCCUGAAAAGUUAAAACUAGGUAUGGACCCGGGCCGGUCCCGGGUGGGUUUUUUUUGUUGAAUGAUGGGCCCAGAACCGGCCCUUGGUGAUACCGGGUCCGGUCCGGGUCGGGCCUACCCGGCCGGGUUGUGGGCCUCGCUCAAUCCUAUUAUUAUACCGUGCUAGAGCCUCGCUCUUAGUCAAUCUAUGUCGUGCUAGAGCCCCACUCUUAGUCGUCGUUCUACGUUAGGCUACAGCCUCCCUCUUAGUCAGUCUACAUUUAUGGUGGAGCCUCGCUCUUAGUCAUCUACAUUAGGCUAGAGCUCCUCUCUUAGUCGAUCUACAUUUAUGCUAGAGUCUCGCUCUUAGUCAUCUACAUUUGUGCUAGAGUCUCGCUCUUAGUCAUCUACAUUAGGCUAGAGCCCCGCUCUUAGCCAAUCUAUUCGAUUCCUAAGCCAAUGCUGUGCCUAGAAUCAAUUUACCUUGAGUAGCCUUUAAGGCCGUGAUAGACUCCUUGGGACCCUCGGUCUCCUCUAGCCAUGAACGCCCCGACCAUGAACAUCUCUGCGCUUUAUGCUGAACGUCGUUGACCUCUCCGCUCAAGUCUAUCGAACGACUUUGAAUGAUUCUGUCAACGUUGUCGGUCAUGAACGUCUCUGCGCUUCAUGCCGUCAUUGAUCUCCCCGCUCGAGUUUAUCGAACGGCUUUGCCUGAUUGUGAUUUCUUCUUUUCUUCUUCAUACCUGGAGAGGGGGUCCCUUCGGCCCAUCAAGACCCCUCUUGCCGGCUUCACCGACGACACCAUUGAUUCCGAGGGGAUCAUAACCCUCCUGGUCAUCUUCGGCGACGGCCUCCAUAGAGCCAAGCUCGAAGUGGAGUUCAUCGUCGUCAACAUCGACUGCGCCCACAACAUCGUCCGCUCGCAGAGGACAAAAGCCGCUCGGCUUUUGCAAAAGCUGCCCGGCUUUCGGGCCCUGCAGCACAAAAACAACUCCUAGCAAUGGCGGUUUCCGACGAUUUCGAUUCCUAUCGAUUCCACAACUCUUCUAAGUUAAAUACCAACACUUUAUAUCAUUUUUCUACACCUUUAAAAUGUGUAGACAUCCCCAAGGAUCCGUCAUAUGAUUUCUAUAAAAUCAUACACGAAAAUAUAUAUAUAUAUAUAUAUAUAUAUGAAUAAGGAUCAAAUGAGAAGAGUGCUUAUCGUAAGAAGUGAGAAUGCAUCUGGUGCGUUCAUUUUCAGAUCUGUGCAUCAGAUUAGCAAAAAAGUGCACGAGAAAGUGCAAAAAAUAUUAAAAAAAGUGAUGCUAGACGCGGUGGCAUAUCCGUAAUUAAUCGGAACUUUUCUGCCAUCGCAAAAGGUGCAUCAGAUUAGCGAAAAAGUGCAUCAGAAAGAAGCAAAUGUGAAGCUUCUCACUUCUCAC